UCCACACACGUUGCGCAGCUCGGGGGUCAUGUGACCGCCGUCCCUCCUCUCCAGACGCCACUUGAAGUUGUUGUGUUUGAAAGCAGCUGCUGUGGGCAAGCCGUCCCGUCCUGCUGCUGACAAUGAUGGCGAUGGAGAAUUUGAAGCAGUUCCUGGUGCUCCUGUCCGGAGCCGCCGUCUUCGGCAUCGUCUCCAUAGUCUUCGUCCUGACAUGGGUGCUGCACUUCAGGGAAGGUUUAGCCUGGGACGGAGGAGCGGCUGAGUUCAACUGGCAUCCGGUGCUGAUAGUCUCCGGCUUCAUUUUCCUGCAAGGGACUGCUAUAAUUAUCUACAGGCUCCCCUGGACCUGGAAGUGCAGCAAGCUGGUGAUGAAGUUGAUCCACGCGGGCCUGAACUUAUUAGCCUUUGUUUUUGCCAUCGUAGCCAUGGUGGCAGUUUUUGAUUUCCACAAUGGUGCCAACAUUCCCAACAUGUACAGCCUGCACAGCUGGCUGGGCCUGACAGUGGUGGUACUGUACGGUCUACAGCUUGUUCUUGGAAUUGGCAUGUACUUGAUACCAGUUACACCUGCAUCCUGGAGAGCAGCGUUCAUGCCCGUCCAUGUCUACAGCGGCCUCUUACUCUUUACCAGUGUCAUAGCCGUGGCACUCAUGGGCAUCACAGAGAAACUUAUUUUUGCCCUGCAGAACCCAAAGUAUAAGGACUCUCCCCCAGAGGCAGCUUUUGUAAAUGUUCUUGGACUCUUCCUGGCGGUUUUUGGAGCUCUGAUCCUUUGGAUUGCCACUCGAACGUCCUGGAAACGCCCCAGUGACCAGAUCUUGCAUACUCUGCAUACCAAUGGGGGAAGUGAGGACAACACCAAAGUUAGUCCGGCAAUGUCUCAGCUGUCUGGUGGCAUGGAUGCUGAGGAGGCUGGGGAAGUCAGGAGGAGGAAUAAUAAAUUUGAUGAUAACACUAACUAAUAAGAAAAAGAGUUGGAGCUGAUGCUGAAUGUAUGUCCAACCAGUCCACACUGGUGAGAGAAAGUAAAAAUUAACGCAAAAUAAUUAAUACUGGUCUUUCAUUGCUAACUUUCUCUUUUGCACUUUGCAGUAUUUUAUUUUGAGCUUGUUGUUUUCGUCAACAUUUAUUGUUGCAAGGAUGUAAAUAUAGUAGUGAUUAUUAGGGGAUAGUCUUUAUUGAAAUACACGUACAAAAUAAUCAUGACAUAUUUUCUAUACUCUAAAUUCUUUGUAUGGUAUUUUCUGGGCUUUUUUAUAGUAAUUUAUCUAUUUUAUGAUGAAUAAAAAAACAACUGUUGCUGUCUAGUAUCUUGUAGUCCCUGUUUGUAUUUGUGUGUGUUUACAGAUGAGGAAACACAUUCUUACACUACAAGACAAUGUUAUGAUGACCAAUUUGUGAUUUUUGUGUACAUUAUAUAAACAACUAACUUCUUA